AUGAACAUGGAAGUACCAGACCAAGCACAGAACUUCCAUGAUCUGGACUUAGAGGAGAUUCGGGGGAAAAUUUCUCUUCUUGACAAAUGGAGGGAGAUCUUCAGUUAUCCUGGGUUGAGAAUUAACAACAACACCGCUCUUCAGAUCCAGGCAGGCCUCUCCACUGAGCAGCCUGAGGAGGAAGCCAGAAGUGGGCAAUACCAAGGUCAAGGCCUGGUGGCACCCCGGAGGCUCUGUUCUGUCCCCAACCUCUCCAUCAUUUCUUCUGCAUCGGGCGGCUUCCCUAUCUCCCCGGCGAUGGCCACGAAGCUUCGACAGAGCCUGUUUGGAAACACAGUGAGUGUGUUUAGCACAGACUGGGAACAGGCCUGCUUUCGUGUUCACCGCCCAUCUUCCCACCUGACCUUUCUGAAGGCCAGCAAGGGUGGUGCCCGGACUGUUCAGAUGGUGGUUCAGAGCUUCAUCAUCAAACACCUGCUGUUUCCCAAGGGCAGAGAUGGCAAUCCUCAUGGCCUCUCUGCACUUGGACCCCAGGAGCAGGGGCGAGGCCUGGCAAGGGCACUCGCAAGUAUCCUGUGGACUGCUGGAGCAGAUCAGAGGGCCACCAUUUGCCUCAUCACAAAGGACUCCUAUGUCGCCUCUACACCUGACUAUCAUGGGAAUGAUUUCACUGAGUGGCUUCGGCUGUUUGAACUCUCUGAGAAGGAAGCCACCGAGAAAUUCAUCUAUGAUCAUUUACAAUGUUUCCAAGGGGAAGGCAGCCCAGGGAUCAUCCUGUUUCUGUACAGUCUUGUCUUCUCCAGAUCAUUUGAAAGCCUGCAAACAGACCUGGACAGCUCCACUUCCCACCUGCUGCAACCCCAUGCUGGCGGCUUCCUGUGCAGGCAGGCAGCUGUGAACCUCAUGCUGACUGGCAGAGCCAGUCCCCAGGUCUUUAACGGGCGCCAGGAAGAACCAUCUGGGGAGAUGCUACAUGGCAUCCAGGCCCGAAGUGAGGUGGGCUACCUGCAAUGGGGGAAGGACCCCUCUGAGAACCACAGAGCUCAGGUGGGGAGCAUGCUGCAGACACCCCGAUUUCCCGUGUGGCUGUGCAAUAUCAGUGGCAAUUACAGCGUUCUUUUCAGCACCAACAGGCAGCUUGUGGCCGACUGGAAGGUGGAGCGCGUCUUUGGGCUACAUCUGUACAAUGGGCAGAUCACACAGCUGACUGUAGAUACUCACGCUCACCUCUGGGAAAGUACAAGCUGGCAUGAGGCAGGCAGGCCUGGGAGGCUCUGCUCCCCACUGGAGAUGGCCAUCAGGACCAAAUGGAUGGAUGCCAGCAUCCAUUGGGAUGGACCUGCACCCUCUAUCUAA